AUGAACGGCAGCGCGGAGAACCUCACCGGAGGAAACUCCACAGUGUUCGAGAUCGAGAACUUCUGGUCCUGUUUCCUCCGGUACAUGGCAAAUAAGACCGAGUACGACAUGGCAGUAUCUGCGUGUUCUCAUCUCCCCUUUCCGGUUCUGGACCUGAACAAGAAAGUCGGGAUCGCCUCCGCCGCUGUCGGGACAGUCGCUCUCCUCAUGAACGUCGUGGUUUUGUCCGGAGUGCUGAAAAGCCAUCGCCGAUCUAAACCCAUGUACAUGUUCGUGGCCAACCUGGCUACGGCGGACUGCGUGGCGGGUGUCUUUUCUUUCUUCUUCUGCGCAUGUUUCCAGUUGGAACUGUCUGACCCAUGGACAAUAUUGGGUUUACUCUGUACCUACUUUUUAGUGUUGGUCUUGUCAGCAGUUGGCGUGGUCCUCCUGUCCUUGGACCGUUAUCUGGCCAUCCUGCACCCAAUAUUCUACCAGACCCGCAUGUCUGGGCGACACGUUGCCGUGAGUUUGGGGAUCGCGUGGCCAGCUUGUGUGCUUGUCUGCUUGUCUCCUCUCAUGGGCUGGAAUUGCUUCACUACGAACAAAGAGACUUGCAUAAAGAACCUGCCCGUAAGCUACCUAAUUCUAUUUAACACCACCUUGUUGAUAGCCGUAGUCAUAGUGGUCUUUGUCAACAUCAGAAUCUUCAUCGAACUGAAGCAGCGCUUCUCCAGACUGGGACCCCCAGAGAACCCUCCGGACAAUCUCAACCCUGAAGGCCAACAAACCGCGGCCAUACAAUACCAGCAACUCCAACAAAUCUGGAUGAUGCAAGUGACAGUUGUCAUCAUUGCAGCAGUGUUCAUCAUCUUAACGCUGCCGAUUUGCUUCGGAGUUGUACAGCAGUUUGUUUGCUUCGCAAGAGAAGACUGUGAGAUAGAGGCAAGGCCAUACUGGGGGUUGCUUAUCGCGCUCUGCAAUUCGGUGGUCAACCCGACCAUCUACGCACUCAGGAGCAAGAAGACCCGGCGACUCGCCAACACCGUUCGUGAAAAGUUGGGGUGUCCGUCGACACAAGCGAUAAAUGUUCAAAUCGUUAACGUUGGAGACGCGCAAGCAAUGGACAUUGUUGCUGGACGGAAUACGGACAAUCCGACUGACCAGCCGCCCAAAUGGGCAGUCAGUCGAAGAGCGGCAGAGAAUCCCAGAAAGGCACCGAGCUCCAGCCGUCUAGAUGUGUCCUUCGUAGCCUCGCCAAGGCCAGGGAAUAUGCCUGAUGUUGCAAUUUAA